AUAGGAAAUUUAAGGCGUCUGCUCUCUUCGUCUUACAUGCGACGGAUGUAGCACAGAGCUGGAGUUGGAGGAAAAAAGACCACAUUUUUUACAUUUAGUGCCAUAAUGCACACUACUUUCUUCAUGUCGAAGACUCUGGGUGGUAUAGUGUCGAAGAUUUCUGGUCAUUUGCGAAAUGGGCGGAGUAAGCUUCCAUUUACCCACAAGAGAAACGCCAGUGACGUGAAUUUGGAGAUAAGCGUUUAUAUCGGUCGGAAGAGACUAAUCGCCUGCAUCUGCUUAUUUUUACUAGCCAUAACAAUAUGCCUUUUCACCGGCCGUCAUUACUUUAAGUUGCUACUAAUUAACAUCGAAAAGGGUGAUAUAGUUAUAACCUUUUUGGUUUUUUUGGUACUUUUCGCAUUGGUAUCAUUACCGAUAGCUUGGGGAUAUGUUCUUCUCAACGUCGCUUCCGGUUAUCUCUAUGGUUUAUUAUUCGGAGCAUUGUUUGUUAGUGUCUGCGCCUUAUUUGGAAUAGUUUUCGCGCAUUUUGCCUUGAAAACCUUUUGUACAAAUCUUUUUAUAGAGCGUAUACUAAAGAACAAUACUAUUCAAUCAUUUAUUAAGCUUGUUGAAAAUAAUCCGAGAAAGAUUGUUGUCAUUUCAAGACUAACGCCAAUACCAUUCGGUUUGCAAAACGCAUUAUUUGCACUGUCGAAUAUAUCCAGUGGCAGGUAUUUAAUAGCUUCAGUCAUUGGACUGCUACCUACCCAAAUACUCAAUGCUUACAUUGGUUCAACAUUACGAUCUAUGGAGGAUGUUAUCCUUCACAAUGUGAACAGUACAACUUCAUUUUUAGGAUAUCUAGCAUUCGCCGUUCAAAUGAUGACAACUAUUCUGCUUUUAGUAUACGUAGCUAAGAAAGCUAAACAUGAAUUUAAUAAAACAAUGCAAAAGGAAAGUAUUUUGGCAAAUCCAAAAUUGAGAUUAAUAACUGCUUAAAAUAUCUUUUGUAAUAAAAUGGAUAAUUUCUUUUUUUGUUUAAUUUUACUUUAUUAUGUUUCUUUUUAUAUAAGUUUUAACAAACGAUCUGAAAAAUACAAGAAAAAGAAUAAAAAAUUCAAUUAUUA